GUUUGAGAGGAUCAAAUGUCACAAGAAGGACAUUUGAUGUGGGUUUCUGUUGCAUUACGCAUUUAAACUCCACUGAGACCUCCACCAGUGCACACGAGAAGAUCGUUUUCCGUCUAUAAUACCCCCGUCUGGAUUGUACGACCCCACAAACGCCUCUCUCUCAUUUCUUCCUCUUGAAGAAAACCAGCUACAUCCUUCUCCCAUCCUGCUCGCUCUCGCUCAAAAUUAUAUUCGUACUCUCUCUCAAAAUUAUAUUCGUACUCUCUCUCUUUCUCUGUACACACACAUAUAUAAUACACACAUCACCGGCGAUGCAAGAAGCGGAGUUGCACGAUUUGUCAGACGACGCCGAUUAUGCGGCGUCUCAACAGCAAGGUUCAUCGGAAGUGACUCGAAUUGAUAGUAAAAGGAGUACGUUUAGUGAACCGGAAGGUGCGGAAAUUGUUUAUUCGAAAGACAACGUUACAAUUCAUCCAACUCAAUACGCAUCGGAGAGAAUCAGUGGGCGAUUGAAGUUAAUUAAGCAAGGAUCUUCUCUGUUUAUGACAUGGAUUCCCUAUAAAGGGCAAAGCUCAAACGCAAGGCUAUCUGAGAGAGAUAGGAAUCUCUACACAAUAAGGGCAGUGUCUUUUACAGAUGUGCGGUCAAUUCGGAGGCACACUCCUACACUCGGUUGGCAGUACAUAAUCGUUGUAUUAUCAUCAGGACUUGCAUUUCCUCCCCUUUACUUUUACAAUGGAGGAGUCAAGGAGUUCCUUGCUACAAUAAAACAACAUGUAUUUCUUGCAAGGUCAGCAGAAGAUGCGAAUGUAUUUCUUGUUAAUGAUUUUCAAGAUCCUUUGCAGAGAACUUUGUCUUCCUUGGAGCUGCCCAUGGCUCUAUCUGUUGCAGAUGGGCUAUCCUCAUCCAUUUCAGUUGGUGAUUCCUCCUCUCAUGGAAGUCAGGAGAGGACUGAUGAGGGGGCCCUUGUUGGAAGUCUCAGUAAUAUUCAAAAAAAUGGGAGACACAGACAGAAGUCUCACGAUCCUGCUCGAGAUUUUUCAAUCCAUGUGCUGGAGAAAUUCUCUCUUGUGACCAAAUUUGCUCGAGAGACAACUUCACAGCUCUUCCGUGAGAAUCAUGGUGAUGGCUUUGUUGAUGAUGAGAGGAAAAGCCAUAACCAUUCUACCCAUGGAUUUUCUCAAAACAUGAUGUCUGAUGAUGAACAAAAUGUUCCAAAUGAAAUUCCUGUACUCUCAGACCCCCUGGAGGACUGUCUGAUGCAGACCUCUAUCCUUGUUAAACAGAAAACUCCAUGUAGAAAACAAAAUGAUGUUGAAGAGGGUGCCACCAAUCUGGGAGCUUUUGAGCUAAUCGAUUGUAAGGAGUUCGAUAAAUUAACACUAGUAUGGGGAAAACCGCGUCAGCCUCCUUUAGGGUCUGAAGAGCAUUUGCAGUGGACUGCUUUCUUUGAUUCAGAAGGGCGAGUCAUGGAUUCAAAAGCUUUAAGAAAAAGAAUUUUUUAUGGGGGAGUUGAGCACAGACUGCGGGAAGAGGUCUGGCCAUUCUUGUUGGGAUACCAUGCAUAUGAUUCAACAUUCGCAGAGAGGGAAUAUCUUGUCUCAAUUAAAAAGGCAGAGUAUGAGACUAUAAAACAUCAAUGGCAGAGUAUCUCCCCAGAGCAGGCACGGAGAUUUACAAAAUUCAGGGAGAGGAAAGGCCUUAUUGAGAAAGAUGUGGUAAGGACUGAUAGAUCACUCUCUUUCUAUGAUGGUGAUGACAAUCCAAAUGUGAGUCUUUUACGUGAUAUACUGCUGACAUACUCAUUCUACAACUUUGACCUCGGUUACUGUCAGGGUAUGAGCGAUCUUCUGUCCCCAAUAUUAUUUGUAAUGAAGGAUGAGUCCGAAUCCUUUUGGUGUUUUGUUGCACUGAUGGAACGACUUGGACCAAACUUCAAUCGCGACCAAAAUGGCAUGCACUCUCAACUUUUUGCGUUAUCGAAGCUGGUCGAGUUGUUAGACACCCCAUUACAUAAUUAUUUUAAGCAGAAUGACUGCUUAAAUUAUUUCUUUUGCUUCCGCUGGGUUCUUAUACAAUUUAAAAGGGAAUUUGAAUAUGAGAGAACUAUGCGCUUGUGGGAAGUUUUGUGGACUCAUUAUUUAUCGGAGCACCUCCAACUUUACGUGUGUGUUGCAAUCCUGAAGAGAUACCGCAGUAAAAUAGUGGGGGAGCAGAUGGAUUUCGACACUCUGCUGAAGUUUAUUAAUGAGCUGAGUGGUCACAUUGACCUUGAUGCCACCAUCAGGGAUGCAGAGGCUUUGUGCAUAUGUGCAGGUGAGAACGGGGCAGCUUGCAUCCCUCCUGGAACACCGCCUUCAAUGCCUAUUGAGUGUGGUUCAGUCUAUCCUCAACAAGACGAUGAUGUAUUGUAAACAUGGCCCGUAUUUUGGAUUUGUUAGUUCUAUAUUAAAAGAGGAUAAUAUUUUUUAUGCAGUUGAUGAUCUUUAAAGUUUUUAAUCAGAUGGGUUGUACAUAUUUCAAAUGAAAUAUCAAAUUAUUCUUAAUUUUUGUGGUAGA